CCAUCACAUAGCCCAUAUCCAAGCACAUAGCCAUAGCUUCCCCACGACACUGCAAUAUACUGAACACUGUGACUUUAUCACCGUUCUUGUUUUACAGUCGUUUAAGUUCAUUACUGCUAUGUGUGUAAGCGUUAAACAAGAGUGACGCCUUUGGUUCCCCUUUGUACUCUCUUAUCGCUUGUAGGCAGAAAACCAUACUGCUGCAGUAGCAAAGUCUUACUCCAGUUUGAACACUGGAGGUUCAUCAAGUGCUCAGUUCACUAGCAAAGGAGAAAUAUUUGGGAAACAAAUUGCACUGGCUGCCCAAAGGAAUACAAAAUGCAUUGGCCCUUGUUCUGGAUCAGUCUGUGCUGGCUCUGUCCAGCCGGUGUUUAUGGCGGAAAAGUGCUUGUUUUUCCAGUGGACGGAAGUCACUGGGUGAACAUGAAGGUCAUCAUCGAGGAGCUACAUUCAAGGGGCCACCAUGUUUCUGUUGUACGGCCAUCAGACAGCUGGUACAUCAAGGAGACCUCCCCAUUUUACACUUCAGUUACAAUUAAUUCCAACUCUGGAUUUGAUGAAGACUUCAUAACUGAAUUUGUGACCCAGUUACUGAAGAUCCAGCGGGAAGGGAAGUCUGCUUGGACGCGUUUCAAGCUGGAAAUGGAGCAAGCGCAAAAGGCUAUUGAGAUGCACGGGAACAUAUGCACAAUGCUUGAAGAGAUUUUUGAAAACAAAGAGCUGAUACAAUCUCUGCACGAUGCCAAAUAUGACCUUUUCCUCACAGACCCUGCUCUGCCAGGGGGUGUCAUACUUGCCCGCUACCUCAAGUUGCCUCUGGUUUUUAAUGUCAGAUGGACUAGCCAGGGUGAGGGCCACUUUACAAUUGCACCUUCUCCACUUUCUUAUGUUCCAAUGACAGGGACAGAGCUGUCAGACAAAAUGAGCUUUCUGGAGAGACUACUUAACGUUUUCAUUUUUGGAUUCGCAGAAUUUCAGAUUGCGCAGUAUAUCUUACCAAUUUAUGAGGGCUUGAUGAAAAAAUAUUUUGGUCCCGACGCAGAUUAUUUAGCCAUGUUUCAAGCGGACCUGUGGCUCAUGAGAGUGGACUUUGUGUUUGAGUUUCCUCGGCCCACCAUGCCUAACGUCGUGUACAUGGGAGGGUUCCAGUGUAAACCUGCUAAACCUCUACCUCAACACUUGGAGGAGUUUGUUCAGAGUUCUGGAGAGCAUGGAGUCAUCAUCAUGUCACUGGGGACUUUGAUUGGAGAACUUCCCCCCGAUUUAGCUAAUGGGAUCGCUGCUGCUUUUGCCAAAAUGCCUCAGAAAGUCAUCUGGAGGUAUAAAGGUGACAGACCAGCCACUCUGGGUAACAACACCUUAAUGGUUGACUGGAUGCCACAGAAUGACCUUCUAGGACACCCUAAGAUCAAACUGUUUGUUGCUCAUGGAGGAACAAACGGAAUCCAAGAAGCUAUUUAUCAUGGAGUUCCUAUAUUAGGACUGCCACUGAUUUUUGAUCAGCGUGAUAAUCUUUUGCGAAUUGAAGCCAGAGGAGCAGGGAAGGUAAUUGAUAUUUUUACUAUGAAUGAAGACAUCUUCUUUCAGGGCAGUCAGGAAGUCCUGACUAAUCCCUCUUACAGAAUGGACAUGGAGAGACUGUCCAGGCUGCACAGAGAUCAGCCAAUGAAGCCACUAGACACUGCCCUCUUCUGGAUAGAGUUUGUUAUGAGGCACAAAGGUGCAGCUCACCUGAGAACUGAGUCCUACAAAAUGCCCUUGUACUCCUACUACUCUGUAGAUGUGAUUCUCUUCUUAACUGGAGUUGUGCUUGUUAUUCUAGGCACCUUUGCUGCUUUGAUAAAACGCCUGUGUUCUGUGUGUUGCAGAACCAAAACAAAAUGUGAUUGAAAAGAAAGUGGAAAGGUGCAAAUAUGUUUAAAAUAUAACUUUUAAACAUGUAAAACAUGAAGUUUUGGGCGGAUUGUUUGCAGUUUAAUUUUGUGGGCGUAAUAAAACAUAAUUCAAGUCCAAAAAAAGAAAAAAAAAAUCUAAAUAAUUUCAUAUUUUAACCAUCAAGGAAGAACACAAAUGUUAAGCUAACAGUACUUGAUCAUACAAUUUGUUUUAAUAUUUAAUACCGUGUGGCCCAUUCCAAUAUUUCUCUACACUAAUUGAACCCAAACUCUGCGCAAGAAAUGAUCCCAGCUUUAAAAGGACGCCAAUAAAAGGAUUUUCAAAUUUAACGUUUGAAUGUUUUUGCUCGUUUCUAUUUUAGCUCCACUCUAUUUCAAGCUUUUUUCAGAUUCAAUCCUUUACUGCAGCACAGCAUCCUCAUAUAUUUACAGUUUUAAAUGACUAAAUGUCAUGUUGCAGUAUGUUGCAGAGCAUCAUAUUCUUAUCUCGGCCAAGCCUGGUGUGUGGAUUUAAACAUAUCCAAUUUCACAUGCAAAGAUUAGUGCGCCACUCUGGGUCUCGUACUGGGUCCUUAUAUGUUUGCCUUAAUUCCUUGCCUCAAUGUGUGUGUUCAGCUGUUUCAUAUGAUACAUAAAAUUACAAUAAUUUCACAGUCGUGGAAGAAAUGUGCUCUUGAUAUUGUCAAGGUACAAAGCAGCGUGUGAGGUCACUAGUUCAGUCUACUUUAUGUCAAUGGCUGGGGUGCCUUGAGGAAGCAUCUAAAUCCCCUCAAAAUUCUUCCCAGUGUGCUCGGCUGGAAGGAUUAAAUGCAGAGAACAAAAUGCUUGUGUGAUUGUACAUACAUACUAUAUGUGAAAAAUAAAGUUGAUCUCAUUUGAAGUAAUUUCUUGCUCAUGAUUUGGCUUUAGAAUAUUAUGUAAAAUAAAAACAAAGAAAUAAAAUGAUUGAUUUAUUUUUGUUGUUGUCCUAAGGCAGUUGUUUGAAAUUUUUAUUUUGGACUAAAAUAUUUAAAAAGACACCUAAAUUUACAAGUGUAAACAGAGUUGCAUGUUAUUUGUGAUGGAUCUUCUGCAUCUGAAUCCUUGUCCAGUCCAGUAUUUGGGUCCGGCCCCUGCAGAUUAAUAUUUGGACAUGAGUAUGUCUGUAGAGAUUUAUCCAGGUAAAACCCACAUUCAAAAAAAAAAAAAAAAAAAAAAAAAUACAA